GCUUGUUAUUUCUUUUAGCUUAGUAACAUGUGUUUCUUGAAACUUUAGGUGUUGGGCACUAAGUUUGUUUCUCCCUUGUUUUUGAUGGAUAGGGUGUGUCAGAGUGGAAUUGUUUAUUAAUUUGUAAGUUAUUGAGUAUUGGCAUCUGGUGGUAGUGAUAUCAUCCCGUGUUUAAAGCUUGACAGUCAUUCAUUUAUGAAACUUCAGAGAAAAUACCCCAAGAACCAGAAAUAAACUACAACAGUGAAUGGUGGCUCACCAAUUGGGACCCGGCUGAAAGUAUCUGCGUUUACUUGAAAAUAAUGUGAAAUGUAGAAAGUGGUGGCAAAAGCACUUUUGUUUGAAGUCUCCCACUAUCAUCUUCCUUGACUUGUGAAAUAAAGAAAGUGGUGGUACAGUGACCCUGCUGAGAGUAACCUCCAUACAAUCUAGAGUUUACUUUUAAAGUUGGAAGACUACCAAUUGACUUCAUAUGGAAUAGGAUAACAUCACAGUUCAAAAAUUAUUCAUAUAUAAUGCCAUCUCUAGUUCUUGUGGAUGAACCAACAAGCACUCUCAAAUACACAUUAUUCUUGUUAAUUAAGAAAUUGUUUCAGGUUUAUGGAGCUAUCAAAAAAGCAUUUUCAAGUGUCCACCACUUUUUUCCUUGCUUACCUUGAAGCUAUAAUUCUUCUCUCAUGUUUCAACUUGCAGGGACUUAAUCUGCUUGAUUUAGCAACAGCAAGCCCUGAAGCUAGAGGAAAUGCCACAGACUUACAAGCUUUAGUCCAAUUCAAAGCCAAGAUAACUGGUGAUCAGUUCAAGAUUAUGGAGUCCUGGAAUAGUUCCAUUCACUUUUGUCAGUGGCCUGGUGUUACAUGUGGUCGCAAGCAUCAGAGAGUCACCAAGUUGGAACUCCAAUUCUUGAAAAUCUCGGGAUCUUUGUCACCAUACAUUGGAAACUUGAGCUUUCUCAGGGAAUUGAGACUUGUGGGCACCAACUUCUACAACCAGAUUCCUCAGGAAAUUGGUCGUUUAAGAAGAUUAGAAGUAUUAGACCUCACCAAUAACUCCAUCAGUGGUAAAAUUCCUUCCAAUUUAUCUUCUUGUUCUAAGCUUACAGUUGUUGAUAUGGGAGGCAACCAGCUAACAGGAGAAAUACCUACUUGGCUGGGUCUCUUCUCAAACCUGAGAGUCUUGGGGUUUUACCGCAACAGUUUGAGAGGGAGUAUCCCACAUUCCUUGGGGAACCUAUCAUCUCUGGAGAAGCUUCGUUUGGCGUAUAAUGCAUUAAGUGGGAUUAUACCUGAAGCUCUUGGACAACUGACAAAACUUUCAUUUCUCUCUAUAGCAACAAAUGCAAUUUCUGGCGUUGUUCCUGUCACAAUGUUCAACCUCUCCAAUAUGAGAACUUUUGAUAUUAGUGAAAACAAGAUUCAAGGUACUCUUCCUUCUAGCUUGGCAAUCACUAUGCCAUAUGUUGAAUUCUUUUCCGUAGUGAGCAACCAAUUCUUCGGACAAAUCCCUAUUUCAAUAUGCAAUGCCUCAAAUCUAAAUGUACUUGAAUUUGCUGGUAACAAUUUCAGUGGAGACGUGCCUUCGUUAGAAAAGUUGGAUAAACUGUCUAACCUUGAACUAGAGGGAAACCACUUGGGAUACGGGAGAGAAGGUGACUUGAACUUUCUCUGCACUUUACUCAAUAUUUCCUUAAGUUAUCUGUCUUUUGGCAUGAAUAAUUUUGGAGGGGAACUUCCGGAAUGCAUUAGCAAUUUUUCCAACACCCUUGUGGGUUUAGGAAUGGAUGAGAACAAAAUAUGGGGAAGAAUUCCGGAUGGGAUUGGAAAUCUCAACAAUUUGGAGGUGUUAGGGGCAAGUGGAAAUCAACUAUCUGGCUCCAUUCCCUUUGAAAUUGGUAGGCUUCAGAAGCUAAAGGUGUUUUUCGCUUUUGGUAAUUUUCUCUCUGGGAUUAUUCCUCAUUCUAUUGGAAAUUUAACAGAGUUAAUCCAACUUAGUUUAGAAUUUAACAAUCUUCGAGGCAACAUUCCUUCAAGUUUAGGUAACUGCCAAAAUUUGCUUGCAAUGAGUCUUUCUCAUAACAAUCUUAGUGGACCUAUACCCCCUCAAGUACUUGGAAUCCCAUCCAUGUCCAUUACUUUAGAUUUAUCAUCAAAUGAUUUGACAGGCGAACUUCCUGUUGCAGUAGGUUGUAUGAAAAAUCUAGCUGAAUUCUAUCUUUAUAAAAACAUGUUAUCUGGCUUGAUUCCAAAUAACCUUGGUAGCUGUGUAAGUCUAGAGAUUUUGUUCUUGGAUGGGAAUUUGUUUGAAGGUCCGCUUCCUUCAUCUUUGAGUUCAUUGAAAGGUCUUGAGGCAUUGGAUGUAUCUGAUAAUAAUCUUUCGGGUGAGAUUCCGAAAUUUCUUGUCAGUUUGAGGGCAUUAAAGUAUUUAAAUCUCUCUUCCAAUGAUUUCGAGGGAGUGAUGCCAAGUGAAGGAGUUUUUAAGAAUGCAAGUGCUAUAUUCGUUGAGGGGAACAAUAAGUUAUGUGGAGGUAUCCCUGAGUUACACUUGUCAAGAUGUAACACAAAAACAUCACCAAACACUUCCCUUAAAUUGAAGAUUUCAAUUGUCAUUGUGAUUUUAGGAGUGACUUUGGUUUUAACUUGUCUCUUCAUCUUGUGGUUUAGAAAGAAGAAAGAGCAGUUCCCUUGGAUUAAGAGGAACAAUUGGUUACGCUCCACCUGAAUAUGGCAUGGGAAGCGAGUUGUCAACAAAAGGAGAUGUGUAUAGUUAUGGCAUCCUUUUGCUGGAGAUGUUUACAGGGAAAAGGCCAACUGAUGAAAGGUUCAAAGAAGGUUUAAGUCUUCACAUCUUUGUUAAGGAAGCU